GAUUUCCGGAACUUCUUCGUGGUGUCGGAGCCUGUCGAGGCCACCGAGGUGAUGGACUUCAUGCAGAAUUCCUUCGUUCGCGGGAACAGCGUUUCCGAGGCAGGCGCAAAUCUACCGGCACUUUUCUGCUAUGGCUUCCGUUGGUGCAACAUUUUCAGCUGUCCGGACCUGGGCAGAGCAACGCACUGCGGAAUUCUUCCCCGAUCUCGCGUCAACUUCCCA